CCGCUUGUGGCGGACGUCUGCAACCUAGAUCACGUGCUGCGGCCUCUGAGAUUACCUGGGCGUCUGUUGCCAUCUCGGAGGCCCGCGAUAACGCUAGCUAACAGCCGCCGGAAGUUAAAAAGGCAACGAGCGCUGCCUCACGGAAUUUAUGCUGAACUAAACUUCAACUAAGGGAACCGCCGCCGCAAUCAUAAAGCGAGCAACGCGACUGGCAUCUAGUAAAGGAGGCAUUGGCGAUACAUGGCCAACAUGGCGCUCACUUCGGAGGUUGCGUGUGGCGAGCUUAAUCCGUCGGAACUUGGGACGAAAACUUAUUGGGAAGAGGCAUAUCAGAAUGAGCUGAAUAACUUCACAAACCAUGGUGAUGUGGGUGAAGUUUGGUUUGGCAGCAAGAAUGAAUGUCGUGUUGUCAGGUGGUUGCUGCAGCAUGCUGAGAAAACGAGCCAUAUUCUGGACAUCGGUUGUGGAAAUGGGCACCUUCUUGUACACUUGGCCAAAGAAGGCUUCACCAACCUGACAGGAGUUGACUACGUUGAGAAUGCGGUGAUCCUUGCAAAGGAAUUGGCAGCCAAGGAAGCAGUUUCUGUCCUUUUCGAGGUGGGCGACAUUCUUGAACAGGACCUGCAAUGUCCCAGUUUCUCAAGGAAAUACGACUUCGUCUUGGACAAAGGAACGUAUGAUGCUAUCAGCCUCUGUCCAGACAAUCCGCAGAAAAAACGCAAGUGCUACCUUGAAGUUCUGUCACAAAUCCUUGCAACUGGAGGCCAUUUUGUGAUUGUGUCAUGCAACUGGACACAGCAGGAACUGACAGCACACUUCAAGAGAGAGCUUGUGCUCUCGGAUACCAUACCAACGCCCACAUUUUCAUUUGGUGGCAGCCAAGGGAAAUCUGUGACUGCACUGGUUUUUGUGUCCAAGUCUCCCAUGGAAAAACCUUGACAGCACACAUCUGUCUGCUUUUCGUUAAAGGCAGUUUUGCUAAAUGUGUUAGACCCACUUUCUCAAUGGGCAGCCAAGCCAGCUUUGGAGCGUAUGCCUGAGCUGCCCUGUAACAAGCCUGUAAUCAUGCAACGUUCAAUUUGGCAAAUCAUUUCUGCAGAAGCCCGCAAGUCGGAAGAAAGUUCACGAAAGGAAAAAACUGUCAUCCACCUGACUGUAGCACAGAGCUACAAAGAAAACCCAUACAAGUGCAUCCCGGACCAGGACAAAUUUUUCUUCAACUACAAAGCUUCUUUUCUGAGAACCCACAUGGAUGUCCUUUGUAGCUUCGUGCUACAAGACGGGUGGAUGUGAAGUUUUUUUACUCCCCAUUUCAAAAGCUCAAUUUUGGUGCACCUGUGGAGUGCAUGCCUGCCGCAGAUAAAACGAACAAAUAUGUAUUCGCUUCACCAUGUGGCAGCUACCCAGAAACAAAGAAUUCAACUGCAAAAACUUUUCCAUCAUGCUUGCCUAGUUUUGCUUUAACCCACCUUUGCCACUUUCAUUGGCUGUAUCAUGUCUGCACCAUUUCGUGUGCCAACCUUGGUUGGUUCUGAUGUGACAAGCCCUCCAUUCAUCAUUUAACCCUCUGAGGGUCGAUUUUUUUCGCCAUAUGCAACCGCUCAGGGUUGUUUUAUUGCAGAUUCCAAUAUUCUUGGGGACUUAUUUUGAAAAAAAAAAUGCCAUACUUUUUCUA